AACCAAUCAUAUUGGGACACGUGGCAGUCAUUCAGAGUACUACAACUACUACGACUAGUAGACUCAUCUCAAGAGUUUACUUGUAUCGUCUUCCUCGUCUGUACGUACUGGUGCUUCCGCUCUUUUUUUAGCUUGCCACCUAAGUUUCUUCACUCUCUUCUUCUCUCCCUCUAAAUUCUUUGGCUUAAGCUCCAAGGUUUGUACUUUAAAUGAAAUGAGGUUUUGAAUUAUAUAUAUAAAUAUUUGGUUUCGACAAAGGUGAACUUCAUUAAUAUCUUCUGCAUUGCUUUUUUUUUUCUUGGAAAUUUCUACAUUUUAAAGUUGUUUGGAUUAAUGUUUUGGAGAUUUUUACACUUUUGAAAGAAAGAUUGAAUUUUUCAAAACAAAGUCUGUAGCUUAUUUUCCCAACAUUCUUUAUGUUGGGUUCUAGCUAAUUACAUAUAUAAAAUUGAAUAGAGAUCAAAACUGUUUUUCAAUUUUUAUUUUUUUUUUAGUUUCAAAUUGGGCUCUCUGUUAAUUUGCUGGGUUUUUGUUUGAAAUUUUACAAAAUUUAUAUUUUAUGCUAUCUACUAAAUUAUUUAAUAUAUUAUAUUAUACAUUAUAAAUUUAUUUGUUUCUUUACAUCACAAAAGUAUAUGCUUGCACGUGCAAGUUUUCUCGUGUGAUCUUAAAAAAAAAUUAGCAUCAACGAUAAGAAUAUUAUCAUAUGGUGAAAAAUAAUAUUAUGAAAAAUAAUUUAUUAAUUAUUAAAAAUUAAAAAAGACAUAAUACAUAAAUGAGAACAAAACAACAUUAAAUUUUCAAAUGAAGUAUUUUUCACUACUUAAACAUAUUUAAUUGGGAUAGUGAACUCCCAUAUUCAUAGAAUUCUGUCCAUAUUGAUAUGGAUAUGGAGUUGGAAUCAUAUGAUUAUAAUAAGGCAUCCAAUAAUUGGGAUGAGGUUGGAAUGGAUAGGGAUUGGGGUAAUAAAUUUGGGAACCCAAAGGAGGCUGGUUCAAGUUGUUUGUCGCGGUAGGAAUUUGGUUUCUUCUAUUUGUCUUUGCUUUAGCCAUCUUUACCUCUAUUUGUUUUUCUUUCAGAUUAUAAAAAUUAUUUUCCAAUACUUUUUCCACAGCUUCUUCAGAAUCAAAAGUCACAAACCCGAAACCCCUACCUUUGUUAGUUAUCUUUUCACGAAGAAUUUCUGUAGCUACUACAGUUCCGAAAUCACUAAAAUAUGUCUUCAAUUCAGCUUCUUCAAUUUGAUGAGGGAGACCUCCAAUAAAAAUCUUCUUCUUGUUGAAAGGCGUAGAUUCCAUGAUGAAAUGAAAUAGUUAAAAGCUUUAAUUUAAUACUUAAUUAAUAAUUACUAGCACACAAAGAACAAUCUUAAUGUUUGAAAGUUGAAACUAAGAUGAAUGAAUGAGUAGUUUGUUUUUCAUAAUUUUAUGUGGUACGUGUGUGUUUAUAUAGAGGAGUAAGAGGAGUAUUUCACUCCUAUGUGGAAUAGGAUUAUACAAAAUAAUAAUAAAAAAAAAAAAGAUGUAAAUAUAUUUAUAUUUCAAUUAGUAAAUACUUGAGGUUCAAAUUCGAAUUAAGAAAAAAUUUGUAUUGCUGUACGGUUGAAAGAUAUUUUAAUUUAUAUUAUUGAUUUUUCGUAAAAAGAUUUUACCUUUUAAGGGACUUUUAAUUUCAUUUAUUUUUUGAAAUAAAACAUUCUAAUUAUUAUUAAAAAAAGUAACGAAAAUAAACUGAUUCCUAUUUGCCUAUUUGGAAUAGGAUUAUACAAAAUAUAUUUUUGUUUUAAUUAGUACUUGAGGUUCGAAAUUCAAAUUAAGAUAUUUAAUGGUAUUAAUUUUUUAUUUUAUAUUUAUUUUUGGUUGAUAAGCUAAUUUUUUUUAGGAGAAAAUUACUUGUAUACCUAUUUAAUUUAUCUUAAUUUUUACCUCUAUUUUCGUAUUUUUAAAUAUACCUAACUUGAAAAAGUGGGUAUAUUUAGAUAAAAAAAUAAAAAAUAAAUUCAAUUUAUCCCAUUUUUUUUUGGCGCGAAGGCUAACCCAUCCGUCGUUCUUGAAGGUGUCAUUAUUACAUUUUAUUGAGACCAACACCUGAAACAGAAACCAACCAAUCAUAUUGGGACACGUGGCAGUCAUUCAGAGUACACUACGACUGGUAGACUCAUCUCAAGAGUUUACUUGUAUCGUCUUCCUCGUCCGUACGUACUGGUGCUUCCGCUCUUUUUUAGCUUGCCACCUAAGUUUCCUCACCUCUUUCACAUUCUCACUCUCUCUCCAAAAUCUCUUCUUCUCUCCCUCUAAAUUCUUUGGCUUAAGCUCCAAGGUUUGUACUUUUAAAUGAAAUGUAGUUUUGAAUUAUAUAAAUAUUUGGUUUCGAGAAAGGUGAACUUGAUUAAUAUCUUCUGCUUUGCUUUGCAUUGCUUUUUUUUUUUCUUGGAAAUUUCUACAUUUUAAAGUUGUAUCGAGAGCUUGUUUGGAUUAAUUUUUUGGAGAUUUUUACAUUUUCGAAAGAAAGAUUGAAUUUUUAAAACAAAGUCUGUAGCUUUUCCCAGGAUUCUUUACGUUGGGUUCUAACUAGUUACAUAUAUAAAAUUGAAUAGAGAUCAUAUGUAUGUUAUAACCCAAAACCGUUUUUCAGUUUUUAUUUUUUUAGUUUCAAAUUCGGGUCUCUGUUAAUUUGCUGGGUUUUUGUUUGAAAUUUUCCAGGUUGGGUGUUUUGUGGAUGAUAUAAAAAAUGUUUCCCCAGAAAGGAACAAAAAGGCAAUUGUUUGGAACCAAUGAUGGAAGUAGUAACAGUUUAGACGAAAUAUACAGAUUUAAAGUUCUUUUACCCAAUGGAACAACCGUUGGAUUGAAUUUGAGAGAGUCUGGUUCUAACAUGGGUGUUAAUGACUUUAUUAAUUUGGUGAAAGAUGAAUAUUCUCGACUGUCGGAAUCAAUGCAACAUAAAAGAUGUAUGAACUGGGAUUCUGCUGGUUCUUUAUCUCUUCAUGAUGCCAAUGAUGCCAAGAUAAAAGGGGUUGUGGAUUUCAAGAAUUUUAAGCCACAUAAGUGCCACAUUUUAAUACUCCAUGAUGGUUCUGGCAAAGCUGUUCAAACUUUUGAGAAUAUGUGGGAUUUGACUCCUGAUACUGACAUUUUAAGGGAGGUACCUGAAUCCUACACAUUUGAGUCUGCUCUUGCGGAUUUAAUUGACAAUUCUCUGCAGGCAGUAUGGGCUAACAGUAACAACGAUCGAAAACUUGUUAGUGUGGAUCUUUUAGAGGAUAGAAUUUCAGUCUUUGACAGUGGUAUAGGAAUGGAUGGCAGCGAUGAAAAUUCUCUGGCGAAAUGGUACGUGCUACCAAUGUCCUUUCCAGCAUUUCGUGUGCAUUUGAAUUUAAGUGUCUUAACUAGUGCUCUACUAUAUAGGGGUAAAAUGGGUGCCUCGCUUAACCGGUCAGAGAAAGAACAGGCUAUUGGGGGCAAUCCUCCAUAUCUAAUGCCUUAUUUUGGCAUGUUUGGGUAUGGAGGAUCGUUUGCCUCCAUGCAUUUAGGGAGACAUGCUUUAGUGUCUUCGAAGACAAAGAAUUCAAGGAAGGUAUAUACUUUACGUCUUGCUAGAGAGGCUUUGCUCAGGCGCUCUGGACUUGAAUGGACGACUUCUGGAGGGCUUAGGGAUCCUUCAGAGGAUGAGCUUACAAAAACAAAACAUGGAAGCUUUACUAAGGUUGAAAUCUUUGAACCAAAGAUAAAGCCUUCAAAUAUAUUACAACUUCAGUGCAAACUGAAGGACAUAUACUUCCCUUAUAUUCAGUGUGAUGAGUUGUCCAACUCAAGGAAGACAAUAACACCUAUAGAAUUUCAGGUUAAUGGUACUAAUUUGACUGAGAUUGAGGGUGGAGAAGUUGCUAUUACAAACUUGCAUUCUUGCAAUGGUCCUGAUUUUGUUUUACAACUUCGUUUGUCCUUCAACCAAGACAAUGUAACCAAGAGUCAAGUUGUGUCAGGUUCGCGGUUGAAUCACGAGGCCAAUGUGCGGCUGAAAUGUGUUUAUUUUCCAGUUGUUGGGGGAAAAGAGAACAUUGAGAAGAUUUUGGAAAAGUUAAAAGAUGCAGGACAUGAAGUCUCUGAAAAUUUUAGAACCUUUAAACGAGUUUCUAUUAGAAGGCUUGGUCGAUUAAUUCCAGAUGCUCGAUGGGAUUGGAUGCCUUUCAUGGACUUAAGGCAAAAAAAGGGAACUGAUAGGGCACACAUAUUGAAGAGAUGUUGUUUCAGAGUGAAAUGCUUUAUUGAUACUGAUGCUGGUAUCAAUCCCACUCCGUCGAAGCAUGAUCUUGCACCUCACAGUCCUUUUACCACUGCACUAAGGAAUUUCGGAAAUAUUCUUUAUGAGAAUGAAAAAGGGAUAGAAAUCAGAGUUUAUAGAGAUGGGAAGCCAUUGAAAAAUUCGCAACUAGAGAGGGAUUAUCAAAAUUGGAUUCUCCAGAUGCACAAUAAGUAUGAUGAAGAAGUUGAUCACGGUGAAGACGAACCUAUACUUGCACUUAUCACAAGCCCAUCAAAAGGAAAGGCAAUCAGAAAAUCAAAUGAUGUUUCAAGGGUUCACCAAGUUCUUAAGAGGAAUGAAAUAACAUGGAAAGCUGGCCAACAUGUUAAGAUUUUGAAGGGAGCAUGUGCUGGUGUUCAUAAAAAUAAUGUCUAUGCAACUAUACAAUAUUUUAUACUUGGAGGCUUACAAGGAGAUACAGGAGGCGAAGUUCAGAUUAUUUGCAGGCCACUUGGUACACCAGAGGAUGAUGGUUGCAUAAUUUCAGAAGUUAAUGGGAUGAUGACUCUUGAUAUGAAACGCUCCUUGUCUUUACCUAUCAGCGUAAUCGAUUCCAAAAAGUGCUUACCUGUUGAAACUGCUGAAUGGAAUAACCAAAUGGAUAAGCAGCUUCAGAAAAAUAAAACCGUAGAUCUUUACAAAUCUUCGAUUGUCAAACCUGCAAGGCAAAAUUCAAAACAGGAGCAUGAUGGAAUGGAAUUUUCCAUGUUCAUCAAGAAUUAUAAAAAGGUCUUUGAAGAUGACCUUUUAAAAUUUGGUUCAGAAAUCCAAAUAUUGGAAGAUAAAUAUCAUCAGUUAAAUGAAGAGAAAGAAAAGAUUGAAGAAACUAUAAAAGACUUACAAGGUUUUGACUUGCUAGCACAGCUAUGGUUUCUAUUCUUUAUCACAUUUUGGUAUAUUAAGAUUGUGUUAAUUGAAUACUUAUCAAGAUCUUGUGUUUGUUGUGAAUUUUUAGAUUCUACUGAACUAUAUCCAUCGGGUUUCGUGAAUCAGUUCUCCACGAAAGAAGAAGUGAUAGAGAGUAUAGUAAAGAUGGGCAACUCUGUUGCUGCUGCAGUUCUUUGCAGCAUAUCUAAGGAAGAUCCAUUUCAAGAGAAAGAGAAUGAUUUAAUGAAGGACAUAAUAGGAGUGGUUGCUCUACUCGGAAGAGUUCGUUCUAGUCAGCUGAGCAGGAUUUUGGCAGAAUACUUGGGUUCUGAUCAAAUGCUAGCUGUUGUAGCUAGAUCUUUCGAAACUGCUAUUCUUCUUGAAAAACAUAAACAAACUGGAGAUGUUAAUUGCAGCCAUGUUAAUCAUGAAAAAGCUCCUCUUCUUGGCCAAUCUAUAAAUGGUCGAUUUAUUGUUAUAUGCUUUGACAAUAUAAGUCCAUUUAGAGGUAGCUUGAAGAGUGGUUCUCAGAGGAAGCUGGAUUUACAACGCCCUUAUUUGAACGAUGGAACUAUUCCAAAAGGUUUUCUCGGAUUUGCUGUGAAUAUGAUUGAUUUUGAUGCAGACCAACUAUCCAUUAAGAAUAGUUCAGGCAAUGGUCUUAGAGAGACUGUAUUUUAUCACCUUCUUGGUGAACUCCAUCUUUACAGAACCUUGGAGGACAUGCUAGCUGCUCGUGCUUGUAUAAAACAAGGCGCUAUAUCGCUUGAUGGUGGAAUAUUGAGAGGAGACAGUGUGAUAUCUUUUGGAUCUAGGUGUGUUUCUCUAUUCAUGUCUUUUUCAUCCUCACUUGUGGGAAUGUUUUUUGUUGAAAUGAUUGGUUUUUCUAUGAUUGUUCUUAGUGAUCCUGGAGUGUGCUUUCAAGUUGUGCAAACAAUCAAUGAAAUGCCAAGUUCUCAAGAAAAUUUGAAACAGCUUAAAGAGAAGAAAUCUGAGUUGAGAACAAUCAAUGAUGAGAUAGAAGUAGAGAAGGGAAAACUCAACAAAGUUUUAGACAAGUUUCAUGAGAGAAAAGCAGAGUUUAACAAGUUUAUGAAGUUAGUGGAAUCUCCAUACAAACUAUGAGGCCACACUGAAAUAGUUUUUACAGUAUGAUGACAAAUCAAGUCAUAAUUUUUCUCCACCGUUUUGAGAUUUGCUUUUUUGUCCUUCAUCAUUUCUCUGAUGGAGAAAAAAAAAAGAAUGUGUUCUAAAUGUAUUUUUGGGUGUAUAUAUAUAGAUAUAUAUAUGAGCAUUGUUAUUGAGUA